AUGGACUCGUUAGCUGCCGAUUUAGCCAUACAAGCGAUUUUAGGACGAGAGACCGACUUCGUAGGCGGAAUAGACAAUGUGGAUUUUUCUCAACUGGACGACUACAUUUACAGCGACACUUCGCAAGGGAACGCCUCGUAUUUCGGGGAAUCACUGAACACUGCGCCGAGCAACCCUGGCAAGAUACUCAUCGUUGAAAGCAAAAGAAACAACAAUGGCCACUCUUUGCCCGAGAGCCCGCCGGACAGCAGCUCCGAGCACCCGUACAGCCCUGAGCACGGCUGCGAGCCGCCGCUCGCCCCCUACACCGCGAUAGCGGCGGCGGCGGUCGGGGGCGGGCCCCAGAACGUCUACAAACCGGCGGCGGCGCUGAUCAACUCAAUCAUCCCCAACGGGCUCAUAUCGCUGAACCCGCACCUCGUGGUCGACCAAGGCGCCGGCGGCGGCGGCGAGGGGCUGCUCGAGGGGGGCGGCAUGCUGGGCGACGUCGGCGCCGCCCAUCUGCAGGACGCGCAAGCUCUGAUGGCCGACGGAAGGAUUAUUUUGACCGAAGCUGCCUUAGACGAAAACAACCGGCAAAUCCUGCUGGCGUCGCAGGACGCCAACCAGAACUUCGAACGGUACAAAACGGAGGAUUACGACAAAACCAGCAUAGUUCACCUCGCCUACCAGCAGCACCAGCAACAACAGCAACUGGAACCUCUGCCGGCGAGAACGAACUUGGAGGACCCGUCUAGCAUCGAAAGCAUCCACGCGACCGUCUACACGAACCUGCAGACCGCGCGCAAAAAGCGCAAGCUGAGCCAGGAGUCGCCGCUGGUGAAAAGCGAGCCCGAGCACCUCGGUCAGAGUCAGCUGAGUCCGGGCGAUCAGCUGGCCGGUUCCGUGGACGAGGAGUACGCCUCGUCCGAGGCGUGCCUUUCCGAGUCGCAGUACCAGUGCAUCCGGUUCAAUUCGUUCCAGCAGAACGGCUGGCACGUGCUGUGCGAUCAGAAUUUGACCGAGUUGCCCACCCCACAUUACAGAGUCGACGCCGAUAAGGGAUUCAAUUUUUCGAACGCAGACGAUGCUUUUGUGUGUCAGAAAAAGAAUCACUUCCAAAUCACUUGUCAAGUCCGUUUGUUCGGCGACGCACAAUUCGUGAAAACCCCCGACGGUUUCCAGAAAAUUUCCAGCUUCCACAUUCACUUUUACGGCGUGAAACACGACUGCCCCACGCAGACGAUCAGGGUGGAACAAAGUCAAAGCGACCGAAGCAAAAAACCUUUCCACCCGGUACCUAUUCAAAAAUGGCAAUUUAAUAGGAUCGAAUUGAUUAAUUCUCAAGUGGUUAAGCUAACAGUCGGGAGGCUCCAUUUUAGCGAGACUACCUCGAAUAAUAUGCGAAAAAAGGGAAAACCGAACCCGGAACAAAGAUACUUUCAACUAGUGGUUGGUUUACACGCCCACACUAGCACGGGAAAUUUUGCCAUCGUUAGUCAUGCCAGUCAGAAAAUUAUCGUCAGGGCUUCAAACCCAGGUCAAUUCGAGAGUGACAUUGAGUUGUGCUGGCAGAAAGGACAAACUCAAGACUCGAUUUUCCACAACGGGCGAGUCGGUGUUAACACUGAUCGACCCGACGAAUCUCUAGUGGUCCACGGUAACAUCAAAAUCACCGGUCACAUAAUUCAGCCCAGCGACAUCAGAGCCAAAAAAAACAUCGUGGAAUGCAACACGGCAGAACAGUUGAAGAACGUGCAGAGAAUUAGAGUGGUCAAGUAUGAGUACGAGCCGGCGCUGGCCUCGCAACUGAGCAGAGACAGCGAAUGCUCGGACACCGGAGUCAUUGCGCAGGAAGUGGCCGAAAUUUUACCGGAAGCUGUCAAACCUGCGGGCGACUUGAUCUUGGAGAAUGGCACUUCGAUUCGCGACUUUUUGGUCGUCAACAAGGAACGCAUUUUUAUGGAGAAUAUAGGCGCGGUCAAAGAGUUGUGCAAAGUGACGGACAACUUGGAGACCAGAAUUGAUCAGUUGGAGAGGAUCAACAGGCGUUUGAACAAUUUGAAGCGUAGCGACAGUUUCAAGUCAAACAGCACAGUGAGCAGUUCAAAAUUGUCGUUUUCGCACAAAUGUCCCAAACAUCACGUUUGCAAGAAGGAGGAGGAAUUCUGCUCCAACAAGUUUAUACAAAUCGUUAUCGUAGUUUUAGUUUUGAUCAUGGCUUUUUGUCUUGCCGCAAUAACGACGCUGUACCUGAUGGAGGCGGCGCGCUACUCGCGCCAGUACCUCCAACCGAGCGUGGACGUCGGCGGCGGCGGCGUCGGCCAACGCGCGCCGCCGACCAAACGGCCGCCGAAGACGCCGCCGUCGCGUUCCACCUCCUCGAUGGCGGCGUGGCGGCCCACCUCGCCCGUCACCGCCCGCUCCAGGGCCGCCAAAGACGGCGGCGGCGGCGGCGCGUUGGAGGGGGGAGGGGGCGGCGGCCCGAAGACGCCCGUCGAUCCGACGCUCAUCAGGAGCGGCGCCGACGUCGGCCGGCCCGCCGACUGCUACGACGAGAACAUGGAGACAAGUCUGCCCUGUCAGACAUACUGCUGCGCCAGCUCGCAGAUAGUCGCUCCGCCGGACUUGACUCCGUUCGAGAAAAAGUCGGCGUUAAACAAAAACCGCACAACGUUGCCGUUGAUCAACUCGGACAAGAACAAAGUGUCGAAGCCGUUCCAUUCGAACGACAUCGACAAGCAAGUGCGGCAACGCCGCGAGGCGUUCGACGAAAACGACGAUUCCAACGCCUUCUUCGUUAAAGAUGAACACCAAUCAUUCGAUAUAACAAUACAAGGGAGAAACUUUAAUACGACGUUAUUAAAUACUUACCAUUCAAACUACUACAAUUUUACAUACCUGGUUCCUAUCUCGAAGUUUAUGCCUGAUGAGUUUGUAAACUUAAUGUUUAGGUCGACGCAGGCGAACGUUAAAGAGAUCGAGUACUGUCACAACGACUACAAGCAGUACGAGUGUCUGUACGAGAAGGAGCGCAGCACGCACAAAGUGAACGAGUACAAUCCGAGUCAGUUUUUGAGCUUGCAGAGCACCGUGUUCAAGGUGGAUAUGCGCGACUUUCGCUACAAAUCGCUCACCUACAGGGCAUCGCUCAAACAAACCCAGAACACUUGUAAAUUGUCUUCAGUGAAGUUGGGGUUGGAGUUUAUCGAAUAUAAUUUUAUUUUCUACAGACACUGUGAUUAA